CCCCCACCCUAUCUGUGCGCCUGCCCUGUUGUCAUUGAGGCCGGAUUAUCCAAUGGGCAAGCUAGGCACAAGCCCACUAGGGGGCCCAUGCCCACUAGGGGGCCCAUACCAGCAGUCUAAAGAUGGACCAAAAAAAAACUGCCAUCAAAUUUCAGAUUUAUCAGAUAUAGCUGUCUGUAGGAACCGGCAGGGGGGCAGGUGGGAUGUGUCUCCCCUAAUAUUAGAAAACACGCCUCUCCCCCUCAAUAACAUGGUGAAAGUGGAUUUAGACAUAUUUCACUUGUGCACGUUUACUUUGAAGGGCACAUGGGUCUCCUCACUGACAAAGCCCCGCCCCUCAGGUCCCGACAGGACAGGAGACGGAGUUUAAAAGACAGCAGCAGCUCAGUUUAAUCGAGAAAGAAUGUAAGUUGGUAGUCAUUGUCCCCUGGAAGAUGAUCGUAAUUUUCUAGAACGUUAGGGUGUUUAAACAUCUUGGUGUGACUUAAACACCAACGUUACUAGCAAACAUGGAGCACUUUUCAGCAAGAGACUAAAGUCAUUUGACACCAAAUAUAAAGAACAACCUUUUCUUUUGACUUGACCCACAUGACUAUAAACUUAGUAACGUUACACAUCUCUCACGUUAAAAAUUGAGUUGGUGUGAUUUUUCCUUGUUUGAGACAUUCCUUUCAGUAUUUAUUUUUAAAAGUUAUCGUCCUCGUCAGAUGACGUAUCGGGUGCUGUAGCCCGUUGCAUGAUGGGAUAGCUAAGUAUAUAGACAAAGGAAGCGUUGGUUGCUUUGUGUUGUUGUUAGCUUUUAAACCUGCAGAAAAUGGUACACUCCUGAUGUGUGAAGGGCUGCCAUGCCGUCUUCACAAAAAGGCAAAAAAGUGAAAUGUAGGCUGGAGUCGCGUUAAUGGGAUAGUCUCCAUAUUUGACCAUUUAUUUUGACGGAGAAAUCUCAAGGCUGUUGGUGAUUCUGACUGGAAUUACCUGACACAUGCAGGCGCGCAGACGUUUCAAACGUAGCGCACGGAGAACAUCUGAGCAUGAUUAUUUCCCAGACUUGGACGCCAGGGUUAGCACAGCUCGCUAUCAGCGUGCUGCGGACUGGAGAGCAGCUGGAGCGUCUGUGGGUCCUGGCCCAGCAGCAGAACCAGUGUGUUUCUGUUUUAAGUUCAAUCGUUUUAUUCUAACAUUAAUAUGUUGCUGCACGUUGGUCAGCUUGUUUAGAAUAAAUAUGAAUGAAAAUUAGAUUAGACAGGGUGAUGAUAUCCCAAAUGUUUAUUCUCUAACUGUGCAAAAAUAUUUUCUGCCCAGUGGCCUAGCAAGGACACUUCUAUCCAACAGAGCGUAAAUGUGGCGUGUGCCAUUGCAACAUUAGGAGGUAUAAACUAGGCUUAUGCUACACAGACAACUUCUGUACUUGCCAAAACGGGCUGCAUCACUUCCUGUUGUGCUUUGACAGUGGGCUCUCCUCUUCUAAUACAUUUAUGGGUGGUCGGCGGGGCCCUUAAGCACAUUGUGCCCAGGGGCCCCUGCAAUGAUAAUCCGGCCCUGGUUGCCAUGCAUUUUUGUAAAACAUAACCACUCUUUUGAGCAUUUGUGCCGCUUAGACGCCAUGUUUCCUGCUUCCUUAAGCUACGCAGUGUGCGCGGUGACGUCAUUCACACCGACUGGAACUGAUAGGGGGAAUUGUUUGCAAACGUGGCGAACGAAAUAGGAAUUGAAACAAUGGGAAAUGGCUCUGGCUGAGAACUGGUUUUGAUACCCAACCCCAAAAUGUGAGAGUGAUUUACAUCAAACUACACCAAGUUGAUUUUGGUUCUCUCAAGAGAUUUUACUUUGAGGACAGAGCCACCUAGGUAGAUGGAACAAACACAGUCACAACCAGGCCAAACCUGUUGUGUUUUAUCACACAACACUGGUAAAUGUGUUCACUUACUCACUAAUUUGAAUCACUAUAGCACCACCUCCUAAGACACGGCUUGCUCUCCAUGAAACAAACAUGAUCUGAAUUGCACCAAACUGUGCACGACUGUUUUUUGUCAAUCCAUGAACAGCUCAACUGGAAUUGACGUGAAUUGGAGACUACUUACUGCAAAACGACCAAACGCAUCCAUGCCCUCAAAUGUUAAAAUUGUGUGUGUGCGUGCGUGCAUGUUAUUCGUGUGAAUGUGUGUGUGUGGACGUUUGUGUGUUAUUCAUUUGUGUGUGUGUGUGUGUGUGUGUGUGUGUGUGUGUGUGUGCGCGUGCGUGUGUGUGUUAUUUGUGUUUGCGUGCUUGUGUGUGUUAUUUGUGUGUGUGUAUGUUAUUCGUUUGCCUGCAUGUGUGUAUGUGUGUAUAUGUGCAUGUUUGCAUGUGUGUGUGUGUGUGUGUUAUUUGUGUUUGCGUGCUUGUGUGUGUUGUUUGUGUGUGAGUGUGUGUGUGUGUAUGUUAUUCGUUUGCAUGCGUGUGUAUAUGUGUGUAUAUGUGCAUGUUUGCAUGUGUGUGUGUGUAUGUGCGCGUGUUUGCAUGUGUAUGUGUAUGCUAUCCAUUUGCAUGCGUGUGUGCGUUAUUGAUGUGUGUGUGUGUGUGUGUGUGUGUGUGUGUGUGUGUGUGUGUGUGUGUGUGCGUGCUUCUCCGCACUUAAAUGCUUGUCCAGCAGAACCCAGUGAACCACUGUCAGACUCCUGAAAUCAUGAGCGAAUAUAGAUGGCCUCAAAGCUUCUUACAACAGAGCCCGCUUACGAUUCCCUUUCCGUGCACAGCAUCCUUGAAUAGACCACACAAAGAUCCUUAAGCCAAAAAUCCCUCCUUGGUAUUUAAUUCUAAAUGAGUAAUUACUGGGUGUGUCAGUGUGUCUUAGGUUUGCAGGUAGGCUGGGUGACGGAGCUCAUUUGCACAGGGGCUUUGGAGGGAACUGUGAUCUACACAGACGUACCCAUUGUUAGUGAGUGGUCAUCCUUGGGAAGCUGCUGAAGAGCCCAGUCGCAUAGAGGGGACCAACUACAUAGAGCUGCCAAGAUGUGUGACAUGGGGGGUUUGGAUAACCUGGUGGCCAACACGGCCUACCUGAAAGCCCAAGGUGGGGAUGACAAGGAGAUGAAAAAGAGGCGUCGCAGCCUGUCUCUCCCUAAGACGGAGCAAUGUGCUGCCCUCCGGACCUCCAUUGAAAAGGACUUUGCAUCACUUUGUGAAAGGCAGCCUAUAGGGAAAAAGCUAUUCCGUGAUUUCCUGGCAAAUACGGCUGAGUUUAAACUUGCUGCUGAUUUCCUGGAUGAUCUGUAUGACUGGGAUCUGUCUGAAAGUGCAGGGAAAGACAAGGCCCGUCAAAACAUCAUCAACAAGUACUGCAAAGCCGACUCCAAGUCCUUCCUGACCUUCCUCACUGGGGAGCCUGCAGAGAAAUGCAAGUCUGUCACCGAUGCCAACUUUGAAGAGGUGAUGAAGACCAAAGUCCAGGAUGGUGUAAGGGAAUUUCUAAAAGCCAAACCGUUUACAGACUACCAAGCCAGCCCAUUCUUUGACAAAUUCCUCCAAUGGAAGGAGUACGAGAAACAGCCCAUCACGGAAAAGUACUUCUAUGAAUUUAGAACUCUGGGAAAAGGUGGCUUUGGAGAGGUGUGUGCUGUUCAGGUGAAGAACACAGGCCAGAUGUAUGCCUGCAAGAAGCUAUGUAAAAAGCGCCUGAAGAAGAAGGGCGGAGAGAAGAUGGCCCUGCUGGAGAAAAAGAUCUUGGAGAAGGUCAACAGCCUGUUUCUAGUCAACUUGGCCUACGCCUUUGAUACCAAGACCCACCUGUGCCUUGUCAUGACCCUGAUGAAUGGGGGAGACCUCAAGUACCACAUAUACAACAUAGGUUACGAUGGCAAGGGCGUGGACAAAGGCAUUGAGAUGAAGCGCAUCAUUCACUACACAGCACAGAUCGCCACUGGCAUCCUGCACCUGCACGCCAUGGACAUUGUGUAUCGUGAUAUGAAGCCUGAGAACGUGCUGCUGGAUAGCCAGGGCCAGUGCCGACUCUCGGAUCUGGGUCUGGCCAUAGAGAUCUCUCCAGGGAAGACCGUCACACAAAUGGCGGGUACAGGAGCAUACAUGGCCCCUGAGAUCCUGACCAAAACGCCGUACCGGACGUCGGUGGAUUGGUGGGCCCUGGGCUGCAGUAUCUAUGAAAUGGUGGCUGGCUAUACACCUUUCAAAGGUCCUGAGAGCAAAAAAGAGAAGGUGGAGAAGGAAGAGGUGCAGCGCCGAAUUCUCAACGAGGAGCCAAAGUGGGAGCACAAGUGUUUCGAUGCCUCCACCAAGGACAUCAUACAACAGUUCCUCAAGAAAAAACCGGAGGAGCGCCUGGGGUUUAGGAACAACAUGGAGGAUCCCAGGAAGCACGAGUGGUUCAAGAGCAUCAACUUUCCUCGCCUUGAGGCAGGACUGGUGGAUCCUCCCUGGGUCCCUAAACCCAACGUGGUCUAUGCCAAGGAUACGGGUGACAUCGCCGAGUUCUCUGAGAUCAAGGGCAUCGUCUUUGAUGCCAAAGACGAGAAAUUCUUUACAGAGUUCAGCACUGGCGCCGUGCCCAUUCAGUGGCAGCAGGAGAUGAUUGACACAGGACUGUUUGACGAGCUCAGCGACCCCAACAGGAAAGAAGGUGGAGGAGGCUUGGACGGCGACAAGAAGUCUGGCACGUGCAUCCUGCUGUGAGCAGGGUCGUCUCCUAACACCCAAUCACUCUCUGUUGGUUUUCUAAUAACAAUCUAAAAGCGGGCCGAGUAUCAUGGAAGGGGAGCAGGAGCUCCUUUAGCAGGACAUCCGUUCUCCGUGGCGAUGCUCACAGCUUACAGAUCAGCUGCUCCUGAUUGGCUGCUCGUCGUUCCUGGUUCACAGCUUCUCUCCCAAGACGUUCUGAUGAUGUUGGUGACUGAGUGCUAGCAGUGCUGGUGUUAACGGAGUUCGCUGUGUGCCAGAAAUACAGUUUAAUCUGACACAUUGAAGCAGGUUUUGCAUAAUUAACUUUAGGAAACAGACACUUGGUGUUCAUCUAGACCUGAAAGUUAAUCCGCUCUAGAAAACUGUGCAGCUCUGUAGCAUCUGUGUCGAUGACACCAUGAACCCACACGGUUGGUACACGUAAAAGUGCUUUUGACAACAUCUGGCCGACAAGUUUCCGGUAUAGUCUUACCAGACAUCUGUCUGCCACGUACACAGAGUAAUACUAACCUGCCGGAGUAGAUCAUUUAGGUUUAAUUUACCAACUAAAAAAUGCCACCUCCUGCCUUCACCGUUGGUGUUUGAGGCUCGAGCCGCCAGCUCGUGGAGACAUCAGCGUAGGAUGACGGACAACUUAGGGCGACAUAUUUCUGCACCUGGAUGUCUGCGAGCGAGCCCGGGAAACGUGGCGAUGAUUCAAACCGGCACAGUGCUUAACAGGAUUCCUCAGAUUUGGUGAUUGGAUCUAGAGACUAAAUAGUUAAAAUGGAUGUUAUUAUUGUUGUCGCUUGUCUGUGGUUAUUUGUUUGUUUUCAGUUUGACGCAUUUGUCAAAUUUGAGUUUUUACAAGUUAUGUUACAAAUGCAUGGUCAUAAACUUGUAAAUACUUGUAAAGUAGGAAUAUAUGACAGAAAAGAUGUAAUCUUGAAUUUAAUUUAAAGAAAUUAAAGAAAUAUCUUUUAAAACCUG